AUGCGGGAAUUCCAAUACGGAAUCCUCGAACGAGAAUGGAUACGUGGUAAUCUAGCCAUUAUGAGACCUACAUUUGAUGGCGAACGCUCUUUGCGGCAAGCCCGUCGCUUCAUCACCCAGGAAAACCAUAGAGACCGAUUACCAGUCGAUAUGGGCGGUUAUCCCGCAUCCUACGAAGGCCGCUCAAGAGUAAGGACACGCCUGAAUGACGAAGACGAGCAACUGGUGCGAGACGCCGUCCGUGAUGACGAGGAACAGGCGAGGGGCGCGGGAGCUCCAUUCGAACCACACGAGGCCGCCGACCAAGCUGCAAUCCGUCGGGCUGUCUAG